CUGUGGGUGGGAAAUGCCCGCCCGUGCCGCCGGGCCUGGUCCAACAUACAAUGAAACACCUCCAGUAGUUCUUCCUACUCCUUCUUCUUCAUCUUUCCUUUUCCUGUUAGGUUUCGCUUCAGUCAUAUGUUCUCAUAUGAUUUCUGUGUCUUGCAGCAGGCUUUUGACCUCCCCGGCCUCUAUCUUACCAGAGAGGAGCAAUUUACAAAAUGGGGCCCGUGCUUUUUGGCAGAUGUCCGAACGCUAUGUUUUCUCUCUCUCUCUCUCCUCUCCACCCCUCUCUCUUUCUCUCUUGUUUUGCUGAGAUAAGGGGAUUUAAAGUGCUCUCUUACAUCUCUUUGAAAGAACUGCCAAUCUGUUCCCAGGUAAUCAGAGGGAAACAGAGCUGGGAUCCAAGGCCGGCUCAUGCCAAGCCCCGCUGCAGCCACGGAGCAGCAGGCUCCCCAGCGAUUCACAUUGUUCAGGAACACAGGGAGGGGGUCAGCAGAGCAGACCGCCUCUGCUGCCUUUGAUGUGAUUUCUAAUAUAGUCAUCUUGAAAUCCUGUGCAUGUGAUACUUACGCAUUGUUUAGAUUCAGUCUCAGUCAUGGCUAAGCUCCACUGGCAGUCAAUAAUUUUGUGCGAAAUCCAUCAUAACUAAUUUGUGAGCCCUCAUUCUGGCAACAAGCGUGUGUGUAAACCCUGCUGUCAGGCAGACAAAACUGAACCAUCUGCUGCUGCUGCUGCUGCUGCAGCCCAGUUGUGAUCAUGGACAAAUUUAUGGGGAAGGGUAGAGGGUUCACAAACAGUCUAAAACAGUGUGGAACUCAAUUUCAGUGUUUUCCAGGUCUGGAUAAAUGUGGAAAAAAAUAAUAAUAAUAAUAAGUGCUGAAAAAAUAUUCAUAUUUUCAGACUUUCUUCCCAAUCCUACCAUCUAACUGUAUCGUUCCUUACACCUUUCUCUUCCUUUUCUCUGAUACUUCAUCGUGUCGUCACCCCCUCCAGCCCUCAAGUUCCUCCCUCUUCCUUGUCUUAUUCCUUGUGCCACUUUCUUGUUUUUUACUUGGGUCAUUCCUUUCUUUCAUUUCUUUUUUAUGUACUUCAUUUAUAUCAUUUUUACCAUCAGUCCUCAGUCCUAUCCUUCCUUACUGUCCUUUGUUGCAAGCUUCCUUCAUUCAUCUCUUGUUUCCUUCUGUCCUCGUGUCCCACUCCCUCCGUGUUUGUUGCUUCUUUGUGUCCAACCUGAUUUUCGUGUUUGUUUGUUUCUUCCUUCCUUGUGUUAAUCCUUGGAGCUGCAGGACUUUGGGGCAGAUGCCACUGCAAGGAAGACACACUUAACGCUGUUCCCCACUCGGGAAAUUGGAAGUAUUCAGGGAAAAAAAAAAAAAAAAAAAAUCAAUGAGUUGUUGCAUUACUCAUGUACAUCUGGUGAUGUCCUUGUUUUAAUUGGAGGCAUCAGACGGAUCCGCCAGUUGGCAGAAAACACCCGAUACUUCAGGGCCAAGCUGAAGGAUAUGGGCUUCAUCAUCUAUGGCGAUGAUGACUCCCCUGUGGUUCCAGUGCUGCUCUACAUGCCAGGCAAAGUGGUGGCCUUUGCUCGUGAAAUGUUGAAGAGGAAAAUAGGAGUUGUAGUGGUUGGAUUUCCCGCCACCCCGAUCACAGAGGCCCGAGCUCGUUUCUGUUUGUCCGCUUCGCACACCAGAGAGAUGCUGGACAAGGUGCUGCAACAGAUGAACGAAGUAGGAGACCUUCUGUGUCUGAAGUUUUCACGGAGGAAACGCUCCGCUUUUCCUGACGCCUGCAAAGGGGAAAACACCGAGGCGGACAGCUGAUGUGACGCAUCGCACCUUGACUUCACAGCGUCGAAACUAAGUGUCUCUCCCGCUGCAAGACUCUUUAACACGUAUUUUAGGGCUGCACCCAUAAUCUAUGCACAGAAGAGGGGACAAAUGUUUGGCAGCUGCUUUUUUUUAGAUGUUGUUUCAAGCUGCUGAUUCAACAGAAGAGCUGUUUUUGCUCCUUUGAAUUUAAAUGUAUUUGUUAACAUGUCUAUUUUUUUAUUUUUUUUAGCUCUUGCAGAAAAUCACUGCAGAAGCACAACAUGGACUAGUUUAGCUUAAAGGAAUGUGGAAAAUAUUCUGUGUCAGCAUUUGUCCACAUAAAAACCUCUCAGAUCAGUAAAGAAUUAGGAAAGUUUUAAGACAUAUUUACACAACUGUGUCAAUUUAUCUUUAAAUUAACUUUUUCUCUUAAUGUAUUUUUAUUAAAUGUAUUGUGUUCCUUAUAAAUUAUUGUCAAUUUUAAAAAUGGUGUCACUGAUGAUUAUUCAAGAAUAAACUAUUUUACUUAGUA